GAGUCAUAUUAUAAGAAAAGGAAAAGGACUAUCACAAAGUAAAAGCAUCACUGAUCCAAAACACAUAGUUCUCUCAAAUGGGUUCUACCAAUAUUUUCUUGCUCUCUCUUCUUUCCCUUGCAUUUCCUCACUAUAUUUUCGUGGCUGGAGACGCCAAUCUGAUCCAAAACACAUGCAAAAACACCAAAUACUACGAUCUUUGCCUAUCUUCUCUCAAAUCAAAUCCCACCAGCCUGAAUGCUGAUACCAAGGGAUUGGCAGCCAUCAUGGUCGGGAUUGGAAUUGCUAACACCACUGCAACUUCCUCGUACUUGUCUUCUCAGUUGCUUAGCGUUAAUGGAAAUGACACGAUCAAGAAGAAGGUCCUCAAGGAGUGCUCCGACAAGUAUACUUACGCUGCCGACGCUUUCCAAGCUUCUGUCAAGGAUUUGGGUGCUGAGUCAUAUGAUUAUGCUUACAUGCACAUCACUGCGGCUGCGGAUUAUCCAAAUGCUUGCCACAAUGCCUUCAAACGGUAUUCGGGAUUGGCUUAUCCGCCGGAGCUUGCUCGUAGAGAGGAUGGUUUGAAGCAUAUUUGUUUUGUAGUUCUGGGGAUUAUAGAUCUUCUUGGUUGAUGAUUGCCUUCCUUAAAUAUAUAAUGCAACUUUUCCCCUCAUUAUCUGUGCUAUGAUCUUCUUCUUG